CCCCCCCCCCCCAAACCUUGCGUAUUGACCGCGCGGCGGCCGCCGUUAACCACCGCCGGAAUUCCCCCCCCUCCCCGGCCAAUCCGCCCCAAACCACCAAAUUCCUCUCUUUCUCUCUCUCUCUCUCUCCCCCUCUCUCUAUAUAUAUACAGAUAGAUAGACAGAUAUACGCGGAAAUCUGUAUGUAUCUAUGCAUUGAGUUCCCUAUAUAAGCGACGCUAAUCUCGCCGCCCCCAUUUCUAUGAAUAAAUCAUGCUCUCCGCGUAGAAUGAAAAGUUUCCGGCUAUCGCUCUGGCGAUUUGCUACCGCCGCUACUGCAUCAGCCGAUCUCCGAUCUCGCGAUCCGGACUCGGUAUGAAUUUGAUAAUGCAUCCGUUCUGCUGUGUUUCGACGGUUAACGACAGGAACUCGCAGCAUCCGACUCAAAUGACUCCACCGAACUUGCCGGCAGCCGGAGGCGCUGGCGCUAGAUCCGAUCAAGUCAGGAACCAGAGGCAACAUGCGCACAGCCAGGAUUACGGGCGGCUGAGCCAGAGAAUGGUGGCGCCGGCGACGGCGGAGUUGGAGACAGCGCGGCCGCCGGAGAUGCGCGAGGCGACUCAGUUGCUGAGCGGCGAUCAACGGGAGGUGAAGAUCAAUGAUAUUGUAGGGAAUGGGAUUUCUGGUAUUCUGUAUAAGUGGGUGAAUUACGGCAGAGGUUGGCGUCCGAGGUGGUUUGUAUUGCAAGACGGGGUGUUUUCGUAUUAUAAAAUCCGCGGGCCUGAUAAGAUUGUGGUCAGCCAGGAGAGUGAGAAGGGGUCGAGAGUCAUCGGAGAAGAAUCGUUCAGGCGGAUCUCUCGCCACAAGAACGGUGGAUCUCAGCUCCAUCGGAAGCCCGUUGGCGAAGUUCAUCUCAAGGUUUCUUCAAUACGGAUGAGCAGGUCUGAUGACAAGAGGUUUUCUAUCUUUACGGGUACUAAGACGCUACGUUUGAGGGCCGACACUCGAGAUGAUAGACUAGCGUGGGUGGACGCAUUGCAAGCUGUAAAGGACAUGUUCCCGAGGAUGUCCAACAGUGAACUAAUAGCCCCUGUUAUUGUGUCGACUGAGAAGCUGAGGCAGCAGCUAUUGGAAGAAGGUGUACGCGAGACAGUCAUCCAGGAGAGCGAGCACAUUAUGAGAAAUGAGUUCUCUGCACUGCAGAAUCAGCUUAUGGUGCUCAGACAGAAGAAUUGGCUCCUCCUUGGCACACUGCGGCAAUUAGAGACGGAAAAGGUUGACUUGGAGAAUACAGUAGUUGAUGAGAGCCAAAGACAAAUGAUGGAAUCAGGGACUUCGUCUAGGUUAAGGCAGGACAAGUCUAGCGAAGGAACUACAAGUGAGACUGAAGAUGACAAUGAGAUGGUUGAUGCUGCAGAGGAAGAAACAGAUGAAGAAGAUAAUGCAUUCUUUGAUACUCGAGAUUUUCUCUCAUCAAGUUCUUUUAAAAGCAGUGGUUCUGAUUUACGGACAUCAUCUUUCUCUACUGAUGAAGAGCUUUAUGCUUUUGAAUCUGAAGAAGAUAUUGACCCUUCCAUUAGAUCUGUUGGAAUGAACUUUCCUCAUGUUAAGCGUAGAAAGAGAUUGCCCGACCCUGUUGAGAAGGAGAAGGGAGUAAGUCUCUGGUCAAUGAUUAAAGAUAAUAUUGGGAAGGACUUGACAAAAGUAUGUCUCCCUGUCUAUUUUAAUGAGCCUCUCUCUUCACUGCAAAAAUGUUUUGAAGAUUUGGAAUAUUCAUAUCUUCUUGAUCGGGCAUACGAAUGGGGAAAAAUGGGCAACAGUCUUAUGAGGAUUUUAAAUGUUGCGGCAUUUGCUGUAUCUGGAUAUGCUUCUACUGAAGGAAGACAUUGCAAGCCCUUUAAUCCAUUACUGGGGGAAACUUAUGAGGCUGACUAUCCAGAUAAAGGCCUUCGAUUUUUCUCAGAGAAGGUAAGUCAUCAUCCAAUGAUUGUAGCAUGCCAUUGUGAAGGUACAGGAUGGAAAUUUUGGGGCGAUAGCAAUCUUAAAAGCAAAUUCUGGGGGCGCUCAAUUCAGGUUGACCCUGUUGGUGUUUUGACACUGGAAUUUGAUGAUGGAGAAGUUUUCCAAUGGAGUAAGGUAACAUCAUCCAUAUACAAUCUUAUAUUGGGGAAACUGUACUGUGAUCACUAUGGCACAAUGCGUAUACAGGGGAACCACAACUAUUCAUGUAAGCUAAAAUUCAAGGAACAAUCUAUCAUAGACCGCAAUCCUCACCAGGUACAUGGUACAGUCCAGGAUAGAUAUGGAAAAACAGUAGCAACUUUAUUUGGAAAAUGGGAUGAGAGUAUGCAUUACAUAUACGGAGACUCCUCUGCGAAGGGAAAAGGAACUGAGUUGUCAGAAGCCCAUUUGCUUUGGAAACGGAGCAAGCCUCUGGAUUUCCCCACUAAAUAUAAUCUCACACGCUUUGCCUUGACAUUGAAUGAGCUCACUCCUGAAUUGAAGGAGAAGUUGCCCCCUACAGAUUCAAGGCUUAGACCUGAUCAGAGAUGCUUGGAAAACGGGUUGUAUGACAUGGCAAAUGCAGAGAAGCUACGGCUCGAGCAACGACAGCGGCAGGCUACUAAGAUGCAAGAGAGCGGUUGGAAGCCUCGGUGGUUUGCCAAGGAGAAAGGAAGCGACACCUACCACUACAUUGGCGGUUACUGGGAGGCCAGAGAGAAAGGAACCUGGGAAUUAUGUCCUAACAUCUUUGGCCAUAUCCCUUCUGAUCAGAUAUCAUCUGAUUGAGUACUGUUGCCUAAACCAUUCUCUGUAAUUCUCUGCCUCUUCUUCUUCUUCUUCUUCAUAUAUUUCUUUCUUUCUUUCUUUCUUUCUUUUUCCCAUUCACGGAUUAGAUAGGCAUAGGCGGCUGAUGAUUGGUAGGUUGGGGGAUAACAUGCAGUGUAAGUAAACUGGACAGAGGGUGGGUCUUAAUAAAAGUUCAAUUUUCCA